CGUGCGCGGCAGCGGUUGGCGUCGCGCGACCUGGGGGAGGCACGGCGAGGCGAGGCGAGGCGAGGUUAGGCGGCUCCGGACUCACGGAUCGACUGGUCGAGCGGCCCCUACGGCCGUCGGCGGCCAGGAGGCCCGAGAUGCUGUCGGGGAAGAAGGCUGCAGCGGCGGCGGCGGCCGCCGGGACGGAGGCUGGCCCCGGGGCUGCGGGCGGCGCCGAGAACGGCUCUGAGGUGGCCGCGCCGCCCGCGGGCCUGUCGGGCCCCGCCGAGGUCGGGCCGGGGGCGGCCGGGGAGCGCACUCCCCGCAAGAAGGAGCCUCCGCGGGCUUCGCCCCCCGGGGGCCUGGCCGAGCCGCCGGGGUCCGCGGGGCCUCAGGCCGGGCCUACCGUCGUGCCCGGGUCCGCGACCCCCAUGGAAACGGGAAUAGCGGAGACUCCGGAGGGGCGACGGACCAGCCGGCGCAAGCGAGCAAAGGUAGAGUACAGAGAGAUGGACGAGAGCCUGGCCAACCUCUCGGAAGACGAGUAUUACUCAGAAGAAGAGCGGAAUGCUAAAGCAGAGAAGGAGAAGAAGCUCCCCCCGCCGCCCCCUCAAGCCCCGCCAGAGGAGGAAAAUGAGAGUGAGCCUGAAGAGCCGUCUGGGCAAGCAGGAGGACUUCAAGACGACAGUUCUGGAGGGUAUGGAGACGGCCAAGCAUCAGGUGUGGAGGGUGCCGCUUUCCAGAGCAGACUCCCUCAUGACCGCAUGACUUCUCAAGAAGCAGCCUGCUUCCCGGAUGUCAUCAGUGGACCACAGCAGACCCAGAAGGUCUUUCUGUUCAUUAGAAACCGCACAUUGCAGUUGUGGUUGGAUAAUCCAAAGAUUCAGCUGACAUUCGAGGCUACUCUGCAGCAGCUAGAGGCGCCGUAUAACAGUGAUACUGUGCUUGUCCACCGAGUCCACAGCUACUUAGAACGCCAUGGCCUCAUCAACUUCGGCAUCUAUAAGAGAAUAAAACCCUUGCCAACUAAAAAGACAGGAAAGGUAAUUAUUAUAGGCUCUGGAGUCUCAGGCUUGGCAGCAGCUCGACAGUUACAAAGUUUUGGAAUGGAUGUUACACUUCUGGAAGCCAGGGAUCGUGUGGGCGGACGAGUCGCUACAUUUCGCAAAGGAAACUAUGUAGCUGAUUUAGGAGCCAUGGUAGUAACAGGUCUUGGAGGGAAUCCCAUGGCUGUGGUCAGCAAACAAGUAAAUAUGGAACUGGCCAAGAUCAAGCAAAAAUGCCCACUUUAUGAAGCCAAUGGACAAGCUGUUCCUAAAGAGAAGGAUGAAAUGGUAGAACAAGAGUUUAACCGGCUGCUAGAAGCUACAUCUUACCUAAGUCAUCAGCUAGACUUCAAUGUCCUCAAUAAUAAGCCUGUGUCCCUUGGCCAGGCUCUGGAAGUUGUCAUUCAGUUACAAGAAAAACAUGUCAAAGAUGAGCAGAUUGAACAUUGGAAGAAGAUAGUGAAGACUCAGGAAGAAUUGAAAGAACUUCUUAAUAAGAUGGUAAAUUUGAAAGAGAAAAUUAAAGAACUCCAUCAGCAGUACAAAGAAGCAGCUGAAGUGAAGCCACCCAGAGACAUUACUGCCGAGUUCUUGGUGAAAAGCAAGCACAGGGAUCUGACUGCUCUCUGCAAGGAAUAUGAUGAAUUGGCUGAAACUCAAGGAAAGCUAGAAGAGAAACUUCAAGAAUUGGAAGCUAAUCCUCCAAGUGAUGUAUAUCUCUCAUCAAGAGACAGACAAAUACUUGAUUGGCACUUUGCAAACCUUGAAUUUGCUAAUGCCACACCGCUGUCUACCCUCUCCCUUAAACAUUGGGAUCAGGAUGAUGACUUUGAGUUUACUGGCAGCCACCUGACAGUGAGGAACGGCUACUCCUGCGUGCCCGUGGCGUUAGCAGAAGGCCUGGACAUCAAACUGAAUACAGCCGUGCGCCAGGUCCGCUACACAGCUUCAGGGUGUGAAGUGAUCGCGGUGAACACCCGCUCCACCAGUCAGACGUUCAUUUACAAGUGCGACGCGGUGCUCUGCACCCUCCCCCUGGGCGUGCUCAAGCAGCAGCCGCCAGCCGUCCAGUUUGUGCCCCCGCUCCCCGAGUGGAAGACGUCCGCCGUGCAGAGGAUGGGGUUCGGCAACCUGAACAAGGUGGUGUUGUGUUUCGACCGGGUGUUCUGGGACCCGAGUGUCAAUCUGUUUGGCCACGUUGGCAGCACAACGGCCAGCAGGGGCGAGCUCUUCCUCUUCUGGAACCUCUACAAAGCUCCGAUACUGCUGGCCCUGGUGGCAGGAGAAGCUGCUGGCAUCAUGGAAAACAUAAGCGACGACGUCAUUGUUGGCCGAUGCCUGGCCAUCCUUAAAGGCAUUUUUGGUAGCAGUGCCGUGCCCCAGCCCAAGGAAACAGUGGUGUCUCGUUGGCGUGCGGAUCCCUGGGCCCGGGGCUCCUAUUCCUACGUCGCUGCAGGGUCGUCUGGCAAUGACUAUGAUUUAAUGGCUCAGCCAAUCACUCCUGGCCCUUCGAUUCCAGGUGCCCCACAGCCCAUCCCACGACUCUUCUUUGCGGGGGAACACACCAUCCGGAACUACCCAGCCACGGUGCACGGUGCUCUGCUGAGCGGACUGCGAGAAGCAGGAAGGAUCGCGGACCAGUUCCUAGGGGCCAUGUACACCCUGCCUCGCCAGGCGACGCCGGGCGUCCCCGCACAGCAGUCCCCGAGCAUGUGAGACGCCCCGCGCCGGCCCGCUGCUGUGGGAGAGAGCUCUCCCGGCAGCGCCUCCGCCCGGCGUCCAGCCUCGUGACCGGCUCGUGGAGCGAGCUCCUGGCUUCACGAGGGAAGCUGCCUCCCCUUCCACCAGGGACUUGGAGCAGCGGGAGGGACUUGCUCGUUAGCCUGCAGUUGUCUCUUCCCAAAGACUGAGGCGAGCAAGGGAUUAAUAUCUUAGUUUCAUGGUGUGUGGUGUUUUUUAUAUUGAGAAUAAAUCUUCAUAUAAAAUC